CCGGACGGCACCCCACGACCAAUUGCCGGACUUAUCCAAUCCGCCUUCCGAUCUUCUCGCGGCUCCUCCGACGACGCCGGUCAACCACAAUUGAAAAUGACAGCAUCUGCGCUGAGCAAGUGGCCAACGUGCCUGGCAUGCUUGCGCCGACUUGCACAACCCUUUGGCACCUCUGCCGCCAGGCACGGCGAGCCCCGCGCGCGUGCCGUACCGGUGAUCCGGCCCAUUGUCCACAUCCAGACCCGAGCCGCGUCACACCGGAUGCGCCUUCAAGACCAGGGCGUGGUUGUCCGCCUGCUCGAGGACAUUCCAAAGUUCGGUCGCAAACAUGCUAUUUUCCGCAUUGAGCGCGGCCGUAUGCGCAACGAGUGGUUCCCCAAGAACAAGGCAGAGUACAUGACGCCUGCUCGCUUCCAAGAGCUCGGUCUUACACGCGACGCUAUUGGCGAGGUCGACCGCUCCUUCGUCAUUCUGAGCGCCCUUGAAGCCGCUACUAGGCCCAAGCCUGAGGAGCAAAAGACGGAAGAACCAGUCCCGGAAGUCCAGAUCUCCCAAGUCAACGUUCCGGACGUUACUCCCGAAACUGCUCAUGCCUUGCUAUCCGAGCUGAUUCCUAACACCCUCACCUUCCACCGCGAACCUGUGCCGAUUCCAAUUUCAAAGCCGAAACCCGCGCUGGGGCCCAAGAUUUCGCCUCUAAUUGCCAGGCAUGUGCCGGCGUCUACGCCCGAGACUCCUUCCACUGGCGAAGCCCGGAGAGCCAUCUUUGGCUCCGUCUCAAGCAGCGAUAUUCUCAACCAGAUCAAGGCCCUGGUUUCUGGCCACGAGGAAGCUAGUCGCAUUAUUCUUGAGCCAUCAAGCGUCAAGAUAGGGGGCUUGGCCGAGGACAAUGAUCGCAUUAGACACCUUGGCCGAUGGGAGAUUGAGAUCGCAGUUGCUAGAGCGGGUGGCCUGGACCCUGUUCGCAAAUCGGUCGAGAUCCUGCCCAGCGCCCAGUGA